AUGCUAACACAUAAAUCCUGUGCAAUAAAAAAGUACGAAAAAUGCCUUGAUGAAGCUAUUGAUUUUUGUGAGAACCUGGAUCUCAAAGAAACUAUUAAUGAAGGCAGUAACGACAAUAAUGAUAGCACCAAUAAUGAGAGAGGUAGUAACAAUAAUGAUAGCGCCAAUAACGAGGAAGGCAGUAACAGCAAUAAUGAUAACACCAAUAAUGAGGAAGGUAUUAAAAGUGAUGAAGGUGCUAACAGUGGUAAUAUAAACGAGGAAGAAUAUUUAGAUGAAAACAAGGAUUAUAUAACAGACAAAAUUCAUAAUUUUCUCACUGAAUUUUUUAAUACUGAUCAUAGUAAACAAGAAUAG